CCGAAAUCGAUCAGCCUGCACAGCUCGAUUAGUUCACUCCCACUGCUUUGUUCUUGCUCGUGCCCAUAUCCCAAAUCUCCGUCCGUCAUUAUCCCGAGAAAUCCAAUUUCGAGGAAAUUUCCCCCUAAAAAAGCUUCCUUUCCGACAAUUUCUCUCCCGGGGAGACACACGGACUGUGGAAGGAGUUCGAGGCGGGAGAUUCAAGAACAAAAGAAGCAGUGGGACCAGACGGAACGGAGAAGAAGAGAUCUGGACGCUGCUGGGUGAUUGAGAUUCAGGAGGGUUUAUCGGCAAAAUGUCCGGCGUAGCUUUAAUUCUCGAUUUGCUGAGGAAGAACCCGAGUUUCCACUCCACCCACACCCUCCAAUCCCAUGGGCUGUUCUGUGCCUCCGCCGCUGCCUCCGCCGCCGCCGCCUCCUCUGUCGCCGCCGGGACUCCCUUCGCCUCAAGAUUCCUCUUUGGUGAUUACAGGAAUCGAGUUGCCUACUGUGAUGUCGGCGCAGCAUUUUCUGACCCUACUGAAGAUACUGCGAGCAGUUUCGAAAUCAGGAAUGCGGAGUUUAAACCUUCCACAUAUAUACCAAAGGAAUACAGAAUUGAGCUUAAGCCUCUCUUUUCAGCCUUCGAAAUUAGGGCAUUUGCAUUGACCUCUCUGAGGUCAUUCCUAUUGUAUUAUUUGCCACUCCUGGAGCCCCAUACAGAAGAAGAUGAUGACUUCUUGCAGGACACUCAAGAGGAACAACAUGUAGAUUUGGUCGUUCCUUUUAAGAAAUCUGUCAAGCAGAUAAUCCGUGAGACUACUGUUGUAACAACUAGAAGGGUGUUGGAAAGACUCGCUGUCAUCUAUGUUUCACAGAGGAUGGCUUGGAAACUUCUUAAAGAUGUCCCGAAAUCUGCCAUUCGCAAAUCCCAGAGGCGGCUGCCCUCUUUAGUCUACAUGUGGAGAGUUUCCAGAACAACUUUUAGAGGACACUUGCUCGGUGUUGCAGCAUCGUGGAUUGUUCAAGUUGGAAUUGAUACUUACCGAUUCUUGUCCAGUAUAUUUAGCCCCAGCUCUGAACUUGAAGAGGUAGAACCCUCGAAACAAGCCAAGAUUCUCGGGAAGAAAGUGUUUGGGACUACUAUUAGGUGCGGGGCAUCACUUGUUUUUGCCUCAGUGGGAGCAGGCCUAGGUGCCGCUAUUCUACGUCCCUCACUUGGACAAUGGAUUGGCUGUGCUGUGGGAGACUUGGGGGGCCCCAUCAUUGUGACGGUAUGCCUUGAGAAAUUUCUGCAUGUGGAACUUUAAGCCACUGGCUCGAGUAUUUAUUGCUGCAGCUCGUGAUUAUCUGGGUCAGACGUUGAAGAUUGAUAGCUUCUGCGAUAAAGCUCCUGCUGGGCUGGAAUUUGAGAACACUGAGGCAGCAGAGGCUGCUGUUCCAAACCUUAUUUUCAGAAGCCACCCUUCUCUUAUUUGGGUCAGAUACCAUGAAUUUAAGCUAGCAAAGAGGUGGCGUUACUCGUUUAGUCAAAAAGCCAAGAUGGAAACUACUUCCUGAUUUUUUUGUGCUUUCGAGGUUGAAUAUACAACAACAUUGUUUGCAUUCUUCUGCUGCAAAACUUCCUAUCAUGAAUGCAAUAGAACUGAAAUAUUUCUGCAUAUUUGUCA